AUGGCGGAGCUGGAGGCUCGGAAGCUCAAGUACCCCACCACUGGCACGGAGGCACUGCUCAUGGGCAUGCUGACGGAAGGUGAGUGCUUUUCAUGUGUGUUGGGCGUGCUGACGGAAGUAGUGUGUAAAUGCAAGCUCAAGUACUACACACACACUGGCACGGAGGCGCUGCUGAUGGGCAUGCUCACAGAAGGUGAGUGCUUUUCAUGUGUGUUGGGCGUGCUGACAGAAGGCACCAACUACGGGGCACGGUUCCUGAGGGCCAACGGCAUCAAGCUGAUGGACCUGCGGGUGAAGACGGUGGAGCUGCUGGGCAAGGCCGACAUGUACUACUUCAGCCCGGAGCACCCGCCGCUCACUGAGCCUGCCCUGGCUGCUCUGCAGUGGGCCAUCGCUAAGCACAAGGAGCUCGGGCGGGCGGGGGAGAUCUCAACGGCGCUCAUCCUGCUGGGCAUUUGGGAGCAGCGGGAGUCUGCCGGCCACAAGCUGCUCGCGCAGCUCGGCUUCCACGACGCCCUCGCCUCGCAACUCACCGCCGAUCUUUCGGCGGUUGCUGCCUAA